AUGAGUGAAAAGGGAACUGCGAUCACUUCUAAUAUAAACUUUGAAAAAAAUGCCGUAAAUGAACCUUUGCUUUCACAAGAUUUAUUUGAUUCAGUAUUUGGAAACUUUGGAGAUACAUCUACUAUUAGUAACAUGGAUUUAAGUCUUAAAAAGAAACCUGAAUCAGUAAAGAGUAUAAAGAAAGAUGAAAAACCAACACUGGAUUUCAGACAAUCAUCAUCUUCUUUCUUAUAUUCUUCGCAAGAUGAAAAAUCCAGCAGCGUUGACUUUAGAGAACAAAUUAAUUUCGAAUCAAGUGAUACGACCGAUCAAAUUCCAAUAGCUUUUUCUUCUGUUUCACUGAAUCUUGAUAUUGGUGAAUUUGCAAAAGAAAAAUCGUACCAAAAAAAUCAAGAAAAGAAGGAAACAAAGACUGAACGAAGAGCAUAUAAAAAAGAUAGGUCAGGUGAUACAGCAAAAUCAGAUUGCGGAUGUUUAAUAAUGUGA